UGGAAACACCGUCUGGGCAUAGUAGUGGAGGAAAGUGAGUGAACAUGGGAAAAUUUCCUGGCAAACCUUCCAAAAUUGUGAAUAGGAAAAGGGUUAAAGCGUCAAAGUGUUCUCCAUCGCAAGAAAAUGAUUCAGUCAAAGCUGCUGAGAAUAUUUAUUUCGGUCUUACUGUUUUCAAUGAAGCUUUUGGAAGUGAUCAGGUAACAGAAUUCCUUGGUUUCACAGCACAAGAAUCAAGAGCGGCUGUGGAAUAUGCAAAGAAGCAACAGCGUGAAGUUAUAUAUGAGUAUGAAGCAAAUGGACUUCAUGUUUCAUUAAGAGAGAAUUUUGAACAAGAACUUUCCCAUACAAAGUUCAGUGCAUCAUGUAGCUCAUCAAAGCAGGAGAUUAUUACAAGUCAGACUCCUAAGCAACAUAGUUUUGAUUAUAGCGAGAAAGUUAAAUUAAAUAGGAAUUUUUCAUUAUCAAAAAAAUUAACCCCUAAAAGUCCACCAGUGAACCCUAACCAUUUAAAAAAUAAGGCUGCAAAGAAGCUUCUUCAGAGAGCCAAGAAGUCCUCCAGUUUUGGAUCAGUUGCAACUAUAGAUAGCAGAGGAAGUUCUGAGUGA